UCACGUCAUUCCAUGAUGGCUGAAGAUCCUGGCGGAACACUUUUCAAUUUAUCUCCUAUCUUUCUUUUUUUCUCUCUACCUCAGCUUGCCAUAGAGACAUGGCAGGACCAACAAGCCCGUUAAGCGUCCACAGAUCAUUGGUGUCGACAUGCCCAAGAAAGGGAACCGAAAACGGCUGAAAUUUAGGGCCGGGGACGUUUGUUCGGAAUCAGUGACCGUUGCUGAUUAUGCUGAUGCCGACCCAGCCGUUGUGAAGUCAGGGAGGGUGAAGAAGGCUGUUGCAAAUGCAGUUGAAAAAGAAGUGAAAUUACUCUGCGGCCUGGAAGCAUCUCAGGGUGCUGUAGAGGAGGUCCUCUCAUCUUCAGUGAGUGUCACAGCCGACGCUUUGGACAGCAGUGAUGACCUAGACCCCGAAGAAGAUGGAGAACAUGAAACUAAAGCGUCCCGCAAGAAGAAAAACAAGAGGAGAAAGGAAAGCAGUGAGAGCGGGGAUGGGGGGGAGUAUCCAGUGGAUAUUUGGUUAAUGCUUGCCUCCUACAUUCGGCCCGAGGAUGUGUGCAGAUUUGCUCUAAUCUGUAGGAAUGCCUGGACGGUCACAUGCACUGCAGCUUUUUGGACCAGGCUUUACAAAAGGCACUACAAGAUUGAUGCUGACCUGCCAUUCCGUCUCCAGCCUGACUGUAUUGACAUGAUGUGCGCUUUACGGGCCCGUGUGAUUCGCUCCCUUUUCCAUUUGUAUGAGCCGUUCAGCUUGCGUGUCUCGAAAAUUCCUGCCUUGCCAGAGUCCACGCCCACAACCUUGGUCAACUCCAAGUGUUUACUGUUCUGGGUCAGAAAGGUGUCAGGGACUCGGCCUGAGGCACUAUGGGAGUUCAACUUCAAGUUUUUAAAGCAGCAGGGACACAGUAAGAAUGGUUGUGCCAAGUCCUUGUGCAUGCCCAGACAAUACAAAGAAGUCCACACAAACCCAGACACUGACUGCUACAUGCUUCAGGUCACCACCCUCAACUUCAUCUUCACUCCUGUGGUCAUGGGCAUGACGCUGACCCUGUUCACAAUCAACGUUAGUACUGACAUGCGCCACCACCGCGUUCGUCUGGUCUUCCAGGACUCGCCGCUCCAGCGGUGGAAAAAGAGGGGAGAUCAGGGUGGGACCCAGGUGGUGUUGGACCCCGUACACAGUGUAAAGCUCAUGGACUGGUGGCACCCACAGUAUCCAUCUUCACCCUACACAUAGGAGUCCUGCCCCCUCAGCAGAACGUCACACCAAGAACCCUGCUGUUAUCCUGUACACUCACCAGAAAUAUGAUAUUGGAUGACUCUGCAGAACCCUGUGUUGUGUUCAUUCACAUUUUGAUUGUCAUUGUUAGAUUCUUAAGAAAGCAAACAUUGACUGGCCUGAGAUGGGAUGCAAGCCCACCUUCCAGUGUCAGUAUCAAAUGUGUUGCAUGCCCAUCCACCACCGCAACCUCCACACCCUACUUAGAAUGUUAUUUGAACAUCAAAGCUCUUCAUGGAUGUAAAUCAUGUAGUGCAGAAUUGUCCACUAUGAACCUUAUUCAUUAUUCCAGAGAGACUGGGCUUGUUAUCUAUCUGCCAUGUCCACAUAGGGACAUUGGCAGUUCCUCUACUCCUCAACUUCAGCAGUGUCUUAGGCCUAGUCCAUAUGUACGCAGGUAUUUUUGUCCAACCAGGUUUUUCCCUCCUUUGUUCUAAAGCAAAAUCCUGUCAACACAAGCAUUGUUUAAAAAAAUAAAAAAAUCUCCAUCCAAAUGAAAACGCAAAAACACAGUUGAAGCGCUGUAAACAGCAUGCCAAACCAACAGGUGGCCAUGAUAUAUCCCAAACCCUAAAGCCAUGUUGGCAAAUCAGAGGCCUGAAGAAAAAAAAAAGAAAAGCUAUUAAGAUCGGUUUUCAGUGACCUUCAGUGCAGUUUGCGUGUGGACGAAAGACCAAAAUGUAUUUAAAAAAGCAACAUUUAAAAAUAAUAUAUAAUAAAAUACCCGUGUACAUGUGGACUAGGCCUUAGUCUUUCUGAAAACAUGGAGAAGUGGGGCUGGGUAAAAUGGGAAAGAAACCAGAAGAUCAUCAUCUGAAAUCAGUGAUUGUUUUGAUACCUGUUUAUAUGUGAAAAACAACAGCUUGUUUAUUAGUUUCCCACUUUGAACAGCUGGGAGAAAUCUAACUUCAAAUAGUUUUCCAUAGUUAUCUCAGACAGGUGCAUAAUGUUUUACAAUAUAAAAAAUACUGUGAUAUGAUCACAAUAAUAGUUAAUAGAUGAUAAAUAUUGACUUAUUGCUCAGCCCUACAGACAUGCCAGAGAGAGGGUCUUGUACAUUUUUAGAGCUACCGGUUGCAUAAAAAGAUUCACAAGUCUGCCAUUGUUUUACGUUAGACAACAUGUUUAACAUGAAUGUUGAACCUAUGUGUGUAACACAAUUUCUAGGAGUUUUUCUCAUGGAUUACCAGGUGGAACAUUUGUACUGUCCUCCCUUGGUUUGUUUUUAUGCUUACUUGAAAAGUUGCUUAAAUUUCUUGGUUUUGCAUUGUUUUGAAUGUUGACAAUGUUACAUCAAGAGUUGCAUUCUUUUAGAAUCAUGUUUUUUUUUCUUGAUGUAUUUAAUUCAAGGCAGCAUCACUUAGUAUUGUGUCAAUAUUAAUGACUUUUGACUUUUUACUGAAGGGUCAAAGAGAUGAUUUACCUCGGACCUCAUCCACUCAUUUGGGGAAUUAUUAUUUUUUUUUUUCUUCUUUCUAGUGUGUCUUGGUUAAAAACAUCUUGAUUGGCACCUUGCUGACUGUGAGCCAUGUACCCUACUGCCUCCUGUGGAAUCUGAUUCUCAACUUUGAAUGGCUCGAAGUGAUUUAAAGUGGUCUGUCUAAUGCGUGUUGAAUGUGUGUUGAAUCAUACUAAUCACAUACUUGAUUAUGAUGGGGAGAGAGUUACCAUUGGCAUUGAUUUAUCCAUCUGUCAGACACUCAAAAUUAUUUUACCUGGAUUGAAUUGCAUAUAUAUCAAGAUAUUGUCAAUGAAAAAUAUAGAUUAACAACAAACCGUUUACAAUUAUAGAAAUAAAGACAGGUGGAUGUUCUGGUCGUUUGUCUAGUUUUGUCAGAUGAGUUACAUUGAAAAAACAACUUCACUGAAAUAAAAACUAAAACUGCCCAUUCAAAA